UUACCGAUACCGACUAACCGGAAGCGUUUCUGCCGUCGCCCGACUGUCAUUUUUGAUCUAUAGAUUUUUUUACAAAUAAUUCGCUAAUCGCUAUUGUACGUGUAUUCUAUAUUAAUGUUACGUGUUUUUAUUUGAAAGCGAAUAUUGUGAAUUCUCUUUUUAUCCUACGUUAAAUAUUAUAAGGUCACUAUAAUGUCUGGAGAGCCAGAGGUAGCACGUACCCCUGAGGAAGAGGAAACUGAAGAAGAAGAAAUCAAGUCCUCGUACAGGCCCCCGCCGGAAAAAACGAUUGAGGAGAUUCUAGCAGCAGAUCAGGAAGAUGAAUCAUUAAGGAAGUACAAGGAAGCCUUACUCGGGCAAGCUCAGGCAGGGACUGUUAUAGUGGAACCGGACGACCCUCGUAAAGUGAUAGUGAAGAAGCUGGCGCUCUGUGUGACCGACCGAGCCGACCUCGAGCUGGACCUCACUGGUGAUUUGACGGAUUUGAAGAAACAGGUUUUCAUAAUAAAGGAGGGUGUGCAAUAUCGGAUAAGAAUUGAUUUCAUCGUGCAGCGCGAGAUCGUCCACGGGCUGAAAUAUGUGCAGAAGACUUACCGCAUAGGAGUGCCAGUGGACAAAAUGACCCACAUGGUCGGCUCUUACCCUCCCAAGACGGAGAUCCAAUCGUACACGACCCCCCCAGAAGACGCCCCCUCCGGUAUGAUGGCCAGAGGUGCGUACACAGUCAACAGUUUAUUCACUGACGACGACAAAAACAUCCAUCUUCAAUGGGAAUGGAGCUUCGAGAUCAAAAAGGAUUGGAAGGACUAAGCGCUUGGUUUCAUUAUGGAUUGGAUUCAAACACGUCGCGACCUCUGAUCUGUGUAGGCUUUUGUCGAACGAGUCGAUCGCUACAAAGACUUUAAUCCGGAUACACUGCGUCGUAAAUGAUAUCAUUGUAAUUGUAACGUGGAAUGAAAUAACGGGAAUCGCUGUAAGGUUAACACAACAGUACAGUUUGUGCGAAAUAGCGAUUCGUUUGUAAUUCUUGCUGCGAGAUCGAUUUGAUAUAUAUCGAUUUUUCAAACUUUUCUGUGAAAAGUGAUUAUAUUUUGGCGUCAAAAACUUGUCUAAUAAAUAUAUCAUAAGAUAUAAAUCGUGUAACGUUCGUCCGAUCGACAAACGCCAUUUUGUUGUUUGUGCCAUAGUCUACGAAAAAUUGUCUAUGACUUCGCAUUGCUCAAGAUAUCCUUCGAUUUGUUACGCACAUAUAUAAACGACGUGUUUAAAACGUCCAAUCCAAUGAGAGUGUCGAUGGUAUGGCUGACUGAGGUUUGACAAAAUUAGUAAAUAAGAAAACUCCCAUUUAUAUAAAGAUUUUACAUAAUACGCAUUUUACAUUCGUAUGAAACUGAAAAUAGAACACAUUUCUUUUCAAAUCUUCUUUGAUAAUUUUUGAUACGACUUAUAAUAAUUCUACUGAAUGUAAUGCUAUUUUUAAUCUGUCAAAUCCAUUAAUAUUUUUAUACUGUCGAUGUAAUCUGUAUAUUAAAUAUAAUACUAAUUCAUCCUCACUUCAAUUUUCUUUAUUAUUAAUCAUUAUUACCAUAGACUAAGAUUUUUCUACAAUAUUCAAAGUAAAAUAUCUAUUGAGUGUUUGUUAGUGUAGACAUUACCUUCAAAUUACAAAAUUAUAUUUAAACUUAGUGUUUAUAGAUAUGAUAUCUAUUUAAAAAAAUAUAUAAUUGUAUAGAUCACCGUAGUGCCGAUCGAGAAUAGUUCUUACGUCGCAAGGGAUAGAGUCACUUUUUAGUUUUAGUCAGUCUUAUUGAUAUCGACACUUCAUGCGGUCACACCGGCAUUCCCGUACCAAGCAUUUGAAACAGCCUUCGAGCUUACGACUGCAUCGGACUCUCAUACUUAACCCGAGUCGGAUAAGGGUGUUUAUCGUUCGAGGUUACGAUACAGCGUCCACGCUCCGAUCUCCAUCGUUCGUAUUAAUCAAUAAGAGACCGUGAUAUGUAUAUUUCUACCCCGUAUAUCGUAGUGGACUCACGUUGUAUUAAGUAGGUCGUUGAUGUUUUGGUGCACUAAAAUGGAGUCUAUUUUUAAUACCUAGCUUCUAAUUUACUCAGUGCCAGUGACGCGUAAACGUGGCAAUAAUUAUUGAAAAGUAUUAAUUUGAAUGUAUGAUUUCACAAUGUUAGUGUAAAUUAGACCGUAAGCAUUUGCUAUGAAGUACAUUUUACAGAUACACUCGACGUUCGGUUGAUACGUCGUUUUGUGAAGCGAUGUCGUUGCUUGUCGUGCUGAGGGUGAAAGAAUUAUAUAAAGAGGUGCUUCAGUGUUUCCACUGGUGCUUCGACCUUAGACUGAACACACGGCAUGUGAAUUAAAAAAGAAAUCGGGGUGACCAGGAUAAUUAAUUUUAACGUGACCGAAUACGUUGGCUCAUGAGUUCCUACCUUAAAAACUUAAUGGUUUUUGAAAAAUCCUAAUCUUCAAUAUUGGUUUCGUUUGUCAAACAGACGGACACGAAUCAGGAUGAUGUCCAUCGUUGCUAAUGGACGGAACUAGAAAUUGUGUAUGUUUGUUAAAAGUUAAUUGCCAUCUGAUUGAUUCAAUUUUGGCAGUAAAUUCUGUAAGUGUGGUCAGUACCCCGUUGUCCCGCGUGUAAAGGGCCUAAUAUGAACUAUAUCUAAAAAAAAUUAGGUAAAUUUUGAUCCGAUUUAAUCUUGAUUCACGAACGUAUGUUCAGUCUAUUUGUAAUUAAGGCUUCCCUUUUAUAAAUUAGAAUAAUCCAUUUUUUUAAAUAAUUUACAAGUCUUACACUUCUGACGUCAUCGCGGGUUAGUUUCUGUUUCUUGAUUGCGUCACAACCUAUUUACUGCCGAAGUGUAAAGAGUUUUAUAUGAAAUAUAAAUCAUAUUGUAUAAUUCAGCUGAUAAGUCGCUUUCCUUCUAGCGUUUGUAAAAAUUGAUAUAUUAAAAAUAUGCUGAAAAAAUAAAAUCUGUAAAUUUCACUCUGAAAAUGCCAUAAAUUCUUAUAUAAUAAACAAUACAAUAAUGUUUCGAACAUAAAAAAAACUAAACAAAUCGUUCUAGAAUGGAAAUACAUAGCUUUUUCAGUUUAUAUAUUUUUUUGGAAAUUAAUUUCUACGUAGUUAAUUUUAAGGUCGAUUUUACUUCGCUUUCAACCUGUUAUGUUUAGUAGUGGGUUCAUCGCGCAUUCGUGCUAUAUUUUAUUUUAUAUUGAUUUAUUUGUUACUUCAGUAAUUGAUUUUAUUACAAUAGAUGUAAAGUUGUAUGCAAUGUAAUAGUUUGGCCAAAAAUAAAGCUUAUUUAUUCAA